UUGUCGUGUGUUUUUGGCCAUUAAACAAUUUUUCUUUCUACUUUGUUCAAUAUUUAUUAAUUUCCCUUUUAUGUACUCAUUCUUACCAAACAAUAACAAAUUUGCUUCGUGAAUUUUCAUAUACAUAUGUACGAGUGUGUGCAUUCCGUUUGACUAUUGUUUUUUACAUUUGAUUUGUUGCAACUCAUAUAAAGCCGGCAGAAGAAAUUUGACGUGGUCGCAAAUUAAAAAUCUAUACACAUACAUACAUAUAUUGCAUUAGAAAAUAUGGAAGGAAAAGUUACCGUUCUUACACCGACUAAUCGGAGACAAAAUGUUAAAGUUACACCCAACACGACUUUACUACAGAUUUUGGAGGAGGUUUGUCAAAAACAUGGUUUAGAUAGCAGCGAAUACUGUCUAAAGCACCACAACAAAGAAGUGGGCCUUACUCAAAUAUUUCGUUUUAGUGGGCUUCCCAACAACUGCUUAUUGGAAAUGUCGCAGACCGAACGCAGACGCACCGAGUCAAAUGUGAAUAUCUGUGUUCAAUUGGAGGAUGGAUCGCGUGUUCAAGGUCAGUUCAAGCCCAGCAACAAUCUCUGGGAAGUUGUCGAAGAGCUUGGGGCUGAGGCAAUAAAAAGUUAUUCCAGUCCUGUGGCGAUUUACAUGCGUCAAGAAAUUAUUGGCAAAAAUCGCAUGGCGGAGACAACUCUCAAAUCAUUAGGCAUAUUCGAGGGCCGUGCCAUGUUUCGGGUCAUGGACAAGACUGCAGAGGAGCUGAAGUCACAAGCCAAUGUUUACGUACCAUCGAAAGUAAGGGAAAAGCCAAAAGAGGAACACAAAAGGUCAGUGCCACCUCAACAAGAUUCAAUCCAUAUGGGCGGUGGUGGUGGAUUCGCUAUAACGAAAGAUUUGGUGCAAUCGCUAAAGAAGUCAGAAGUUGCGGAAAAUGCUGAAAAUUCUGCUACGCGUAAUGUAGGUCCGGCAGAGAUCAAUAAGGAGAUCGAGCCAGAAAAGCCCAAAUAUGAUUGGGGUUCGGGUACUGGUUAUUCUAUACAAAAUUCGAGGCAUGCACAAGAUACUGCAAGUAAUGCGGGUAAUUUAUUAGACGAGGAACAACCUGAAAUGGAAAUAGAACCGGAAGUCAAUAUUAUUGGUGAACGAAACGCUGUGCUGUAUUCCUUGGAUGAUACACAAACUCAAGCAGAAGAAUUACCCGAUUCGUUUUUCGAUUUAACCGUCGAGGACCUUAGAUUGGUAUUGCGCGAUUUGAAAAAAGCGUCAAGGGGUGAUGAAGAUGCCCCCCUACUCACGGAGCGAUUGCGUCAAUUGGAAGAUCAAAAAACCAUGUUAAACAAAAUUUCACAAUACAAGAAUUGCGUAAUACGAAUUCAAUUCCCUGACCGACUCGUUUUGCAGGGUAUCUUCAAGCCAAUCGAUAAAAUCUCCGAUGUUAUGGAUUUUGUGCGUCAAUUUUUGCAGGACCCCGAAGCGAAAUUCCAUUUGUUUACCAUACCUCCAAAAUAUAUAUUGCCUUCGGAUGAAACGCUCUUGGAAUUGAAUUUUGUGCCAACUGCCGUUGUACAUUUUGUAUUUGAGGACAAAGAAGAAAAUGCAAAUGUCGCUGAUAAGUUGGUUGAGUCAGCAUAUUUGAAGUUGGAGCUGAAGGAAAAGCUCACAACUGUUGAAGGUGCCUUUUAUGCAGCAAAUAAAAUGCGAUUCACUAGUCCUCGAGUCUCUAAUCGAAGUGCAAAUUUAGAUAGCGAUUUCCCACUGCGUUCGCAAAAUGAAUACAGGACACCAGACACAUCGUUGGGCGCCAUACCGAAACAACGGAAUUUUAACAAUAUGAUUUGAGAAAAGUAAAAACAAUGAAUAAACAAGUGAAAUUUGGUAAUUCGGAUCAGGGAUCAUACUACCCAUUUACUUAUUUUGUAUUUUAUUAGUAAAUCGAUGUAAUCGGUUUGUUCAUUUUUUACAUGCAUUUUCCAAAUAAUCAAGAAUAACUUACAAUAAUAUAUGUACAAUAUAUAAAAUAAUGAUACUUGAUUGCGUAAAUCGGCUUAACUAUGGGAUUGUAAGUAUAGUUUUUUGUUUGAUUUACAAUAAAGUGCGUUUCUACUACACACAAGUAUAUGUAUUAAUAAUAGAUGUAUAUAUGUAUGUAUAUGUAAAUAUUACUAUUUUUUGUUUUGUUUUUGUAUAAGCAAAUGUUUCGAAAAAUACCACAUUAUCUUUAUUUUGGACACCUCGCCCGCAGCAUAGCUUAGGUAUAAGCAUAUUUAAAUGUAUUUUAUGUUUGUAUGAGUAGUCAAAAGUACACAUGGAUUCAUGAGGCACUUUCUGCUUUGUUCGCUUUUGUCUUAAAUUUUCGGUCUAAUUUUAAUUUGAUUAUACAUACAUAUGUGUAUCAAAAUACAAAACUAUAAAUAGUGAAUAAAAAUCGUUUGAUCUUCCCGAUACUAAUAUGUCGUACGAUACAUUCGCAUCAUUAUUAACUUAAAAUUAUAACAAAUAUAAAAAUUGUUCAACAAAAAA